AUGACCACUUCUAUUGACAAGGUGUUGAAAACUGAAUUGAUGAAGGAAAGGUUUGCUAAGCUGUUGCUAGGAGAAGAUAUGUCAGGAGGAGGGAGGGGAGUAUGUACUGCUCUGGCUAUCUCCAAUGCCAUUACUAAUCUUGCUGCUACUGUGUUUGGGGAGCUCUGGAAGUUGGAACCCUUGGCCCCACAGAGAAAGUUGAUGUGGCAACGAGAGAUGAAUUGGCUUUUAUGUGUGAGUGAUUCCAUUGCGGAGCUCAUUCCAUCAGUUCAAGAAUUUCCUGGUGGCAGGACCUUCAAGGUUAUGAUAACUCAACCACGAUCUGAUAUAUAUGUGAAUCUUCCUGCCCUCAAGAAAUUAGACGCAAUGCUAAUCAGCAUCUUGGAUGGGUUUCAUGACACUGAGUUUUACUAUGUUGAGCGUGGGAUGGGUGUUGCUGAUGCGGAACACAUUGAAGCAAAUCCUUGUUCUCCACUCUUGCAGAGGCCUUCCAUAUCUCUUGAAGAAAAAUGGUGGCUGCCUUUCCCAAAGGUCCCACCAAAUUCUUUGUCUGAGGAGACAAGAAAGCGACUGCAACAAUGCCGGGAGUGCACAAAUCAAAUUUUCAAAGCUGCUGUGGCAAUCAACAGCAGUGUGCUGUCGGGGAUGGAAGUUCCACAAGUUUAUUUGGAAAGCUUGCCCAAGGUAAGAGGGCUUUAUUUUUCCUGCUCUUCCAAUUUAGUUGUGAUUAACCAAUAUCAUAUGGAUAUUUGA